CUUGCACCUAUGUCAAACUUAGCCCAACCUCUCUUGCACCCGGUGCCCCACUGCCAGUUACCCAUGUGAGGUUUUCAAUAAGGUGGAUGCAAGAGUCGGUCUUGCUCUCUUCUGGGUGACGCGGAUUGGAAGGGGUUCUCUAUACUUUUACCAAACUAUUCCGUUUUUUCUUCUGGCGUCUACUUUUUCUUUUUAAAACUGUAAAUACAUCUUCAUAUAUCCUAAAGAGGAGCCAUGAAGUGGACCUGGGUGCUUGUGACAGUCUUGCUGUCCUUUGGGGGGCUAUCACGCUGCAAAGAAAGCUUGGACUUCCCAGAGUACGAUGGCAAGGACCGAGUGCACGACCUCAACGCCAAGAACUAUAAGUCUGUGAUGAAGAAGUACGAUGUCAUGGUGGUGUACUACCAUGACCAUCCCGGAUCCAGCCGCGUCGCCCAGAGACAGUUUGAGAUUGAGGAGUUGACCCUUGAGCUUGCAGCCCAGGUCCUGGAUGAGUUUGAUGAUGAAGACAUCGGAGUCGGCGUCAUUGAUGCAAAGCUCGACAAAGUUGUUGCAAAGAAAUUAGGCCUUGAAGAGUCCGACAGUAUCUUCAUCUUCACAGACGAUGAAGUGAUAGAAUAUGAUGGCGAGCUCGCAGCAGACACUAUCGUGGAGUUCAUCUAUGAUGUUCUUGAUGACCCUGUGGAAUUUAUUGACAAUAGUAGGGAACUGAAAGGCUUUGAAAACAUCGAAGAGGACAUCAAACUGGUGGGCUACUUUAAGAGUCACAAGUCAGAACAUUUUGAGGCUUUUGCCGAUGCUGCUGAAGAGUUCCAUCCUCACAUCAAGUUCUUUGCCACAUUUAGUCCCAAGGUUGCCAAGGCUCUGGAGAUGAAGCUCAACGAGGUGGACUUCUAUGAACCCUUCAUUGAUGAUCCAGUUGUGAUCCCAGGAAAACCUUACUCUGAAGACGAGCUGGUGAAAUUCAUUGAAGAUAAUGACAGACCGACCCUGAGGAAGCUGCAGCCACACAACAUGUAUGAGAUCUGGGAUGACGAUUCUGAAGGUGAACAUAUCAUUGCUUUUGCAGAGGAGUCCGAUCCAGAUGGUUUUGAGUUCCUGGAGAUCCUGAAGGAAGUUGCUGAAGAUAACACAGACAACCCUGACCUCAGCAUUGUCUGGAUUGACCCCGACGACUUCCCUCUGCUUCUGCCCCACUGGGAGAAAAUCUUUGGAAUUGACUUGUCUUUCCCACAGAUUGGUGUUGUCGAUACUGGUGAUGCUGACAGCGUCUGGAUGGACAUGGGCGAUGGCGAUGACAUGCCUUCUGUAGACGAGCUGGAGGACUGGAUUGAGGAUGCUCUGUCAGGUGAAAUCGAUCCUGACGAGGAUGAUGAUGAUGAUGACGACGACGACGACGACGAUGAUGACGAUGAUGACGAUGAUGACGACGACGAUGAUGACGAUGAUGAUGACGACGAUGACGACGAUGACGACGAUGAUGAUGAUGACGACGAUGAUGAUUAUUAAAUCAUUAACACAUCCUUUACUCUUUAAGUCUGACCAAUGCAGUUUCAAGAGUCAACAUCAUUAAGUCAAAUCAUCUCCUUUUGUAACUAGUUCUCGUGUUGAACUCAUCAGUCCGUUUUGAUAUCACAUCUCAUUCUCUCCCUGCAUCUCAUCUGAACAAUAUUCAACUACUUUUUAGCCAUCGCUCCAUUGUUUUACCAAAUCCUCCAUGUAACAAAGUACAAAGUAAAGAUCUAUCUUCAUUUUCACCUGUAACACUGUCCAGUAAAAUAAAAAAUGAUAAUAUUUCAAAACCUCGCCAACUACUACUAAUUUUUAUAUUGUUAUCAAUUUUUUAUUUUAAAAAGCACCGGAGGGGUUACAAUGUUGUAUGCGUUGUGUCUGAGUCCGUCUGUGGAUUCUGUUGCAGUCUGAAUGUGUUUCCUCUGUUCAUUUAUUCUUGUUUACCGUAGCCAAACAACUGAAGUCAGACCCGAGGUGCUGGCAGGCUUUUCUGAAGGGUCUUAAGUACGACCACCUUACUCUGUGAAAUCAAUGUAAUGCUGUACAUUGAAAGUGCUGUACAUCAUAUGGAUGUUUUCUACGAUGAUGAAAUAUGACAACAGCCAUAUUCUAUUUUUGUAACAAGAGGAUUUUAACUGUAAAGUCUUAAAUAAAUCACAGCUUGGACAGGAA